AUGAUCCAGAACCAAAGCAUGUCAGGCCUUUCGGUGGAGGCCAAACAUUUGCGAGAUUUUAGGAAGUAUAACCCCAGCACCUUUAAUGGGUCACUAAAGAACCCUACCAAUGCAGAAUUAUGGAUAUCCUCGAUUCAAACGAUUUUUCGUUAUAUGAAAUGCCCAGAGGACCAAAAGGUGCAGUGUGCCGUUUUUAUGCUUACCGACAAGGCUCAGAUCUGGUGGCAGUCGGCAGAAAGGAUGUUGGGUGUAGAUGGGGAUCCAGUGACUUGGGAGCAGUUUAAGGAGCGCUUUUAUGCGAAGUACUUCUCUGCCAACCUGUGGUAUAAUAAGCAGAGGGAGUUCUUGGAGCUGAAGCAGGGACAUAGGUCAGUGGAGGAGUAUGACUAG